UCCUGGUUCUUGUUUUUCUAGAAAAAUCCUGCAGGAGAAGGCAGACUCCCCUGGACCCAGCUGUGUCUCCAUGAAGAGUGACCGGUCUAUGGACAAACCUGCUCAUUUCAAAGGUGGAAAUCAGUCUAUUAAGAAGAGAGAAAUCCUGCAGGAGAAGGCAGACUCCCCUGGAGCCAGCUGUGUCUCGAUGAAGAGUGACCGGUCUAUGGAUGGACCUCGUACAUAUGGAUUUAAAGAUGGAUGCCCCUCCAGAGAAGAGAUACAAAACCAGGAGAGGUCUAAGGUUACCAGUGCUCAUUCAGUACAGCAGAAUCAGACAGAGCUGAUCAAGAGGGCUGAGGAGAACGCACACGCUUUUCUAGACAAGGAGCUGAAGAAGCUCUGGAGGGAUCUCUUCCCAGAUUACCCACAAUGCUCAGAGAGUCAAAGGGAGGAGGAGGUGAAUGGUAAGAACGAGGAGCAGAGGAGGCGCGCCAUAGAGGGAGUGGUGGACAUCACAAAGCUCUGCCUGAUGGAGUUGAACCAGGAGGAACUGGCUGACACACUGUUGGGCGGCUCUACUGCUGUUCAGUGCCCACGUAAUAUCAAGUCUCAUCUGAAGGAGAAGUUCAGGUUUAUGUUUGAGGGAAUCGCUAAAGCAGGACAGCCGACACCUCUGAAUGACUUCUACACAGAACUCUUCAUCACAGAGAGAGGCAGUGGAGAGGUCAACAAGGAACAUGAGAUCAGACUGAUUGAAACAGCUUCAAGGAAAAUAGCCAACGAGGAAACACCAAUCAGAUGUGAAGACAUUUUUAAACCCUUACCUGACCAAUAUCAACCAAUCAGAACAAUAAUGACAACUGGAGUGGCCGGCAUUGGAAAAACCGUCUUAACACACAAGUUCACUCUGGACUGGGCUGAAGGCAAAACCAACCAAGACAUACAUUUCACAUUUCUCCUCACUUUCAGAGAGCUGAAUUUAAUGAAAGGGGAAGAGUUUAGCUUGGUGGAACUUCUUCAUUACUUCUUUAUUGAGAUCAAAGAAGCAGGGAUCUGCAGAUUCGACCGCUUCCAAGUUGUCUUCAUCUUGGAUGGUCUGGAUGAGUGUCGACUACCUCUGGACUUCCAGAACAACCUGAUCUGGACUGAUGUCACAAAGCCGACCUCGGUGGACGUGCUGCUGACAAACCUCAUCAGGGGCAACCUGCUUCCCUCCGCUCGCAUCUGGAUAACCACACGCCCUGCAGCAGCCAAUCAGCUCCCUGCUGAGUGUGUUGACAGGGUGACAGAGGUGAGAGGGUUCACUGACAAACAAAAGGAGGGGUACUUCAGGAAGAGAUUCAGAGAGGAGAAGCUGGCAAGCACAAUCUUCUCCCACAUCAAGACAUCACGAAGCCUCCAUAUCAUGUGUCACAUCCCAGUCUUCUGUUGGAUCACAGCUACGGUUCUGGAGGACUUCUUCAAAACAUCCAAGAGAAGAGAGGAGAUGCCCAAGACCGUGACUCAGAUGUACAGUCACUUCCUGCAUGUUCAGUCCAUACAGGGGGACAGGAAGUACCAUGGGAGGGCUGAAACAGAUCCACACUGGAGUUCAGAGAACAGGAAGAUCAUUGUUUCUCUGGGAAAAUUGGCUUUUAACCAGCUGGAGAAAGGCAACCUGAUCUUCUACGAGUCAGACCUGGCAGAGUGUGACAUUGAUAUCAGGGCAGCCUCUCAAACAGGAGUGUUCACCCAGAUCUUUAAAGAGGAGUGUGGGCUGUACCAAAGCAAGGUGUUCUGCUUUGUCCAUCUGAGCAUCCAGGAGUUUCUGGCUGCCCUUUAUGUCUUUCAGUCCUUCAUCGAUACUGGUGUCAAUCUGCUCUCAGAAGAACAACCAACCUGCAUGGAAGAUCUCUACCAGAGUUCCGUGGACAAGGCCUUACAGAGUGAGAAUGGACACCUGGACUUGUUCCUCCGCUUCCUCCUGGGCCUCUCGCUGGAGACCAAUCAGAUUCCCCUACGAGGUCUGCUGGGACAGACAGGAAGUAGCUCACAGACCAAUCAGAAUACUGUGUCUUACAUCAAGAAGAAGAUAAAUGGAGAUCUUUCUCUGGAGAGAAGUAUCAAUCUGAUCCACUGUCUGAAUGAGCUCAACGACCGUUCUCUAGUGGAGGAGAUCCAACAGCUCCUGACAUCAGGAAGUCUCUCUAGAGAAUCCCUCUCUCCUGCUCAGUGGUCAGCUCUGGUCUUCAUCUUGCUGUCAUCAGAAGAGGAGCUGGAGGUGUUUGACCUGAAGAAAUACUCUGCUUCAGAGGAGGGUCUUCUGAGGCUGCUGCCAGUGGUUAAAGCCUCCAAAACAUCUCUGCUGAAUUGCUGUCAUCUGUCAGAGAGAUGCUGUGAAGCUCUUGCCUCAGUUCUCAGCUCCAACUCCUCUAGUCUGAGAGAGCUGGACCUGAGUACCAAUGAUCUGCAGGAUUCUGGAGUGAAGCUGCUCUCUGCUGGACUGGGGAGUCCACACUGUAGAUUGGAAACUCUCAGGCUGAAUGGCUGUCAUUUGUCAGGGAGAUGCUGUGAAGCUCUGGCCUCAGUUCUCAGCUCCAACUCCUCUAGUCUGAGAGAGCUGGACCUUAGUACCAAUGAUCUGCAGGAUUCAGGAGUGAAGCUGCUCUCUGCUGGACUGGGGAGUCCACACUGUACACUGGAAGCUCUCAGCUUGUCCGGCUGCCUGGUCACACAGGAAGGCUGUGCUUCUCUGGCCUCAGCUCUGAGCUCCAACCCCUCCCAUCUGAGAGAGCUGGACCUGAGCUACAAUCACCCAGGAGACUCAGGAGCUGCGCUGCUCUCUGCUGGACUGGAGGAUCCACGCUGGAGACUGGACACUCUCAGUGUGGAGCACGGUGGAGUGUGGAGGCUGAAACCAGCUCUAAAGAAGUAUGCCUGUGAACUCAGACUGGACCCAAACACAGCCCAAAGACGACUCUCUCUGUCUGAGGACAACGGAAGGGUGACGCUGGUUACAGAGAACCAGUUGUAUCCGGAUCACUCAGAGAGAUUUGACUUCUGGCCCCAGGUGUUGUGUAGAGAGGGUCUGACCGGCCGCUGUUACUGGGAGGUAGAGAGGAAAGGACGUGUUGAUAUAGGAGUGACAUACAGAGGAAUCACAAGGAGAGGAGGGGGUGAAGACAGCAGGCUUGGAGAGAACAACAAGUCCUGGAGACUUUGUUGUAAUGACGAUGGUUGCUAUGCCUACUACAACGCUAGAAGAUCAGACAUACGUCUCCGCCGCGCUAAAAGAGUAGGAGUGUAUCUGGACCGGCCUGCUGGCACUCUGUCCUUCUACAGAGUGUCCCCAGAUGUAGAAGGGUCCUCAGACACACUGACACACCUCCACACCUUCCAGUCCACCUUCACCCAGGAGGACCUCCUCCCUGGGUUGAGGUUAUUGAGUUAUGGUGCCUCAGUGUCUCUGUGUCGGUUAUAG